CGAUUCUCUGCCAACGAGAAUUCCACUAGACUACUAGAACUAGAGGGAAGGUACACAAGGUGCUUGGGGUUACUGUCAAUUUCUUUUUACCGCCGUAUUGUUAUUUUUGACACUGUUAAGUGACUGUCAUUUUCAAUGUUGGAGAUUAAAAUUGUUGAUUGUGAGCUCCAUCUGUCUCUAUAUAUUUGUUGCCUCGCUUUCUCCGCUCUCAGCCGAAAUUUAAGUACUCCCAAAGUCGUCGUCAUCACCUUUCUCAUCUCCCUCCUCACCCAACCCUCUUACUCCGGUCUAAACAUGUCAACCAUGACAACUGUGAACGUUCCCUCUCAGUGCAUGCUCAGAAAUGCACCUAAGACUCGAUUCACCAGUUCUAUCAUUAAGUUCUCAUCUCAACUUGGAUCUGUGAAGACUGUCUCCAAGUCUUUUGGCUUGAAAGCAUCCGCCUCUUCCCAAACAUCAAUGGCAGUUUACAAGGUUAAGCUGAUUGGGCCAGAUGGUGAGGAGAACGAAUUUGAUGCUCCAGAUGAUGCUUACAUCUUGGAUUCAGCUGAGAAUGCAGGAAUUGAGCUGCCCUAUUCUUGCAGGGCUGGGGCAUGCUCCACCUGUGCAGGAAAGAUGGUAGCAGGUACAGUGGACCAGUCUGAUGGUUCCUUCCUUGAUGACAACCAAACGAAGGAGGGUUAUGUGCUGACCUGUGUUUCGUAUCCAUCCUCAGACUGUGUGAUCCACACUCACAAGGAAAGUGAUUUGUAUUAGGUUGCUUUAUUGUUGCAAAUUGAGUAGUAUUAUGAAGUCUUGGUUGGUGGUAUCUAGGAUGGUUAUUGAUCUCAUUUUGUUUUAAGGCUCUCAAGGACCCUGUUCUGUUCUAUGGUGUUUGUUAUGGAAUUCCCUUUCAGUUUAUAUAUAAUGUUACCGCGUAGAUUUAAAUAUGAGAUG